AUGGAGUACCUCCCGCAAGACCUAAUAUAUGAAAUUGUGUUACGACUCCCUGUGAAGGGUCUGAUCCGAUUUUCUUUUGUUUCGAAGCUAUGGAAGGCUGUGAUCUACAGCAAAGACUUCAUUAAAGAGCAUCAGCAACGCCGCUCUAUCAACAACUCCAAGAAAGAUUUCACCCUCAUACGCCAUGGUGUUCAGUCCGGAGAUUUUCAUCACUUCUAUGCAGCCUCCUUUUCUGCUGAUACAUUAGAGGAAGAACAACAAAUCGAGCAUCCAAUAUAUUCCCUUGAAGAAGAGUAUGGACUUGGGCUUCAUACUCGUAUCAUUACUGUCUGCCAUGGAUUGGUUUUACUAGGUGUUCUGUGUAGGAAGGCUACUAGUAAUUAUGUGCACCUCUAUGUAUGGAACCCGGUGAUCGCAAAGCACAGACACAUAUCCCAGCCCAUAUGGCCAGAAGGAGAAGACCCGCAUUUUACGUAUGGAAUAGGUUAUCAUUGUGACGAAGAUGACUUAAAGGUGUUAGUUUUGAGGCAAACUGGUAGACGGCCGAUUUGGAAAAUCCAGUUUAUAGUUUGCAGCGUAGCAACAGGCCAAUGGAAAAGGAUAACAAAACUUCCACCUAGUAAUCUUCAAGUUAAUAUAUUUUGUUAUUAUAAUAUGGUGUCGUUGAGCGAUUCUCGUGUGGCUUGGCUGAUGGCAGAUGUUGAUUAUAUGGAUCUGUACCAUGUUGUGACUUUUGACCUUGUGAAGGAGGAGUAUAAUACUUAUCGGGUUCCGAUUUCUAUUCGUGGUCCAGGGGCUAUAACGCUGAUGGAACUGGGAGGCUUCCUGUGCUUUAGGCAUCGUCAAAAUAUUUGGUUCAUGAAGGAUUCUUCUUGGUCGACCGAGCCUAUUCCUCUGAAUAAUUCCAGGCCUCUAUUCUUUGAUGGUGAGAGGUUUCUGUUGAGCAGGUUUUCUGGUGAUCAUAAGGAGCUCUUUUGGUACAACAUAAAGACACAAGAUCAUCAACAUGUGACGCGAACUGGUGACUAUGCUGGAAGCUUUGAUGGGGCUACUACUCAGACAGCUUUCAUUUGUGGAGGAAACCUCCGUUUUCUCCUCGAUGGUCAACCUGAUCUGUAUGCCUAUUUCUGUCGUCCCUAA